UGGGCGGCCAUAGAGGACUACGUCCAGAGACAUGAUGGGGGCAAAGUUAAGGACUAUGCGGACGAUAUUGACACUCUACUCGUCUUUGCUGGUCUGUUCUCGGCAGUGCUUACGGCCUUCGUGGUAGAGACCUACACGAUGUUACAAGAAGACACGGGACAGACGACAAAUCAGCUCCUCAUUACAAUAUCUUCCCAGCUUGCAGAGGGCCUGCCUGCCAAUCCCAUGCCAUCUCCCACAGCUUCCGAUUCAUCAUCAACGAGUUUCGUUCCGUCGACGGCGGCUCGCUGGAUCAACAUACUAUUCUUCCUCAGCCUUGUUUUCAGCCUUGCCGCCGCCCUCUUCGGCAUUUUGGCGAAGCAGUGGCUGCGCGAAUACAUGAAAUGGAAUUCUACGUUGGGUAUCCCUCGGGAAAAUGUUCUUAUUCGCCAGUUGCGUUACGAGGCAUUCGAGGAUUGGCACAUCUCCGCGACCAUCUCGUCCAUACCCGCCUUACUGGAACUCGCUAUGAUCAUGUUUUUGGUCGGGCUCAUUAUUCUGCUAUGGACAUUGGACACAGUGGUGGCGAUCGUUAUCACCGUC